AUGAUAUAAUAGAUUAAAAAAUACAAUAAAUUAGAAGAAUUUUUAAACUCUUCACUUUAAACUCAUUAGGUUCUCCAUAUUGAUCUGAGUGAAAAAUAAAUUGGUGAUUAAGAUGUAUCAGGCUUAUGUUCUGCUUUAGUAAAUUGCACUAAUCUCACAAAUUUGACACUUGGUCUUAGUUACAAUUAAAUUGGUGAUUCAGGUAUAUCAGACUUAGGUACUGCUUUAGCAAAUUGUACUAAUCUCUCAAAUUUGGCACUUUAUCUUAAUGAUAAUUAAAUUGGUGAUUAAGGUACAUCAGUCUUAAGUUCUGCUUUAACAAAAUGCACUAAUCUCUCAAAUUUGACACUUGACCUUAGUUACAAUUAAAUUGGUGCAGCAGGGGCAUCAGGCUUAGGUUCUGCUUUACCAAAUUGCAUUAAUCUCUCAAAUUUGGCACUUUAUCUUAUCUACAAUUAAAUUGGCGACUAAGGUGCAUCAAGCUUAGGUUCUGGUUUAGCAAAUUGCGUUAAUCUCUCAAAUUUGGCACUUUAUCUUAUAAACAAUAAAAUUGGUGGUUCAGGUGUAUCAGACUUAGGAACUGCUUUAGCAAAUUGUGCUAAUCUCUCAAAUUUGACACUUGAUAUUGGUAAAAAUUAAAUUGGUUCAGUAGGUGUAUCAUGCUUAGGUUCUGCUUUAUCAAAUUGCUCUAAUCUCUCAAAUUUGACUCUUGAUCUUGGAUACAGUUUUAUUGAUGAUUAAGAUGCAUCAAACUUAGGUUCUACUUUAGCAAAUUGCACUAAUCUCUCAAAUUUAACACUUAAUCUAGCUAACAAUUAAAUUGGUGAUUCAGGUGCAUCAGACUUAGGUACUGCAUUAGCAAGUUGCAUUAAUCUCUCAAAUUUGACACUUGAUCUUAGUGACAAUUAAAUUGGUGAUUAAGGAGAAUCAGGUUUAAGUACUGCUUUAGCAAAGUUCACUAAUCUCUAAAAUUUAACUCUUAACCUUAGGUAAAAAUAGUUUAUUUGUUAUUUAAUGUGA